AUGCCAUAUGUUAUUAGUUAUUAUAACUAUCAGAUAGCUGUAAUUUUUGCUAUCUUAAUAGCAGCUUUAUUAAUUCUUGGUGGACUUUUUGUUGCUUUAUAUAUGGCAUUUAUAAAAAAGAAAGAUCCUGAGGCAGAUAAAGCAUUGUAUAGAUCAGGUGAACAAAUAAAUUAUGAUAACAUUGAAAAAGAACAACAAAGUUGGCAAAAUAAUGUUAUGUUACAAUCACCAUUUUCUAAUGUAACAAAUAUUCAACCAAGUACAACUGAUCAAAUGAAUAUUCCCCCUAGAACACCAACACAAAUAUCUUAUCCACUCUCUCCAACACAAACAUUUCAAAAUCAACCACUUGUACAACAAUACCGACCAGAAGGAACAUAUAAUACACAAAUAAGAGAUGUCCAACCAGAAAUGGCUUUUCAACAGGGACCAGUUUCAUGGACAACAAUGGCUCCAGUAUCAACAAGUCAAACUGUUGUAGCACCUCAACAUCCAUAUCAUAUGUCUGCUGUUUAA